UUGAUGAGCGCGUGCGCCCGGUUUUAUCAGUGCUGUUUGCUGGUUCGGCCUGUUGUGACGGGUUUGGGAAAGUUGCCAUAGGUCAUGCUUGCGACCUACCUUUCUUCUCGUGCCUUUUCUUCGUCGUCCAUCGCGCGGACAGCAAUUAACCAUGUUGUCAUCGUCGGAGGCGGGUCCAUGGGAGCCGGGAUCGCGCAGGUCGCCUCCCAAACGGGCCACCAGGUUGUCCUUGUCGACGUAUCGAACGAAGUCCUCGACAAGUCCAAGGUCCGCAUCGAGGAAAGUGUGAAGCGGGUUGCGAAGAAGAAGUUCGCUGAUGACAAGAAGGCAAGGGAAGAGUUUGUGCAGAUGACACUGUCUAAUAUAGUGUUGAGCACCUCUGCAGAAGAAGCUGUCAAGAACACUGACCUUGUUGUGGAGGCCAUAAUUGAAAACAUUGAUGUCAAAAAGAAGCUCUUUGCAGCACUUGACAAAGCAGCAGGCCCGUCUACGAUAUUUACGAGCAACACCUCAUCACUACCCAUAGCAGAGAUUGCUAGUGGCACAUCAAGAAAAGAUCGUUUUGGUGGCCUUCAUUUCUUCAAUCCUGUGCCAGUGAUGAAACUUCUAGAGGUUGUGCGAAUCUCUGAGACAAGUGAAGACACAUUCCAGAAAAUGCAAGCAUGGGGCAAGGCUCUCGGCAAGACAACUGUUGUGUGCAAGGACACUCCGGGAUUUAUUGUUAAUAGGCUACUGGUUCCAAGUCUUAUGGAGGCAGUACGGAUGCUGGAGCGAGGUGAUGCCAGUGCCCAGGAUAUAGACACUGCCUUGAAGCUGGGUGCGGGGCACCCAAUGGGUCCUUUCGAAUUGACUGACUACGUUGGUCUUGAUGUUACCAAGUUCAUUAUUGAUGGCUGGCACAAGCGAUUUCCAGACAACCCUCUCUUCAAGCCAUCACCACUCUUGGACAAGUUGGUACAAGAUGGAAAGCUUGGAGUCAAAAGUGGGGAGGGAUUUUACAAGCACAGCAAGAAGUAAAAUGGAAGAAAAACAUUUUUAUUGCGAGGGAAAAUGGAUAAAAAGAGAUGAAUAUAUGUUUUUAUAUAAACAGUUCUGUGUGUUUAGGUUUGCGAGUGUGUCCACUGCAUUACAUACUUACUAUAUAUGUGCACUCAUGAUCAUGGAAUUAAAAUGAAAUAAAAAUUUUUCCAUCUUGA